AUGAGUACUCUAAAUAACUUACCGGUCGUUGGAGUCAAGGUCACCCCAACCCCAGAUGGGUCGGUGCCCUUGAGGCGUGAGAUUAGGGAGCUCCAAGAGCGGUUUCCCGAGCAGUUUAGUAUCUUCAUCUUGGCUAUGCGGGCUCUUCAAGCCAAAGACAAGAACGAUCCAACUUCUUUCCAGUUUGGGGGAUACUGCACCCACUCCUCCAUUCUCUUUCUCACAUGGCACCGGCCUUACUUGGCCCUCCUGGAGCAAUCACUUUCCGCUACUGCGCAAACUAUUGCCUCACAGUACCCCGAGAAUAUCCGCAGUCGUUAUGUCGAGGCAGCCAAGCAACUUCGCCUUCCCUACUUCGAUUGGGCAACCCGCGUUCGGGAGCCUGCGCCAUCGCUCCCUAAUUCCAUCGCCCAGGCUCGGAUCAGCAUCGUCGAUAUUGACGGCCGCCAGAAGACCAUUGACAACCCGUUGUUUUCCUUCAAUAUCUCUCAGGUGCAGCCGGAUCGGGGAGACCUGGCUGGGACGCUGAUCGAGCAGGAACUUGACAACGAAUCGGCUUCCCUCCGUCAGGAACUCUCGCUACUCUUGCUCUCCGUCACCGAUUAUGACGACUUCUCCAAUAGCACCUGGCGCACCGGCGGCCGCCUCCGUGCUACCACCAGCCUCGAGAGCGUCCACGACGACAUCCACGGCCGCGCGGGCGGCAGCCGGGGCCACAUGUCCUCGCUGGACGUCUCUGCCAUGGACCCCAUCUUCUGGCUGCACCACUGCAACGUCGACAGGGUCUGGGCCAUGUGGCAAGAUCUCAACCCCGACGAGUUCAUGUCUGCGCGCCCGGCCCCAUUCACCAACUUCACGGUCCAGGCCGGCGCCAUCGAGGACGAAAAGUCGCCCCUUAGCCCGUUUUGGGACGAGACGGGCACGCGGUUCUGGACCUCGGACAGGGUCAAGAGCACCAUCACGUUUGGUUACGCCUACCCUGAAACCCAGCGCUGGGGCUACGCCACGCUCGCGGCGUACCAGCAGGCCAUGCGCCGGACGAUUGCGAGCCUUUACGGUAGUAACCCAUUCCUCAACUUUGCCCAGACCAUCGCUCCCAAGGACGUUGCGGCGGAGAGACCAACUUUUGAGUCACUCGCCGCAAACCCAUCAUCUAUGAUGGGCGUGCGUUCCCUGGCUGCCAACGUCAAAUUGGCCGCAAGGAGCGUUCCCGCCCAGGUGCCACUGGGCGAAGAGCCCAAGGCCGCCGAGAACAACAUCAGGCUUGCCGCAGUCGAGGACCACAAAGAAGCCCCUCAACCUCCGGCGGAAGCACCCAAGGCUCCUUCUACCGCACCUGCAGCCCAGGAGGCAACCCCUCCGCCACCCCAGAACCCUAUUCAAAAGGGAAAUCUUUCAGACCCGAUUCCCGAUGAUAUGAAGCGUCUGUGCCCUGGUGGUCAUUACACCGACUGGGUUGUCAAUGUACGUGCUCAGAAACACGGGUUGGGCCAGACAUUCCGCAUCAUCGUCUUCCUUGGCGACUUCAGCCCGGACGCCGCUGACUGGGCGGGCAACGCCGAAUAUAACACCGUGGGUCGUGUCACGAUGCUAGGACGCAGCUCGGAGACGCAGUGUGGCAACCUCAAGCCCGAAGACGUGGUGCCGCACCUCAAGACGGAUCUUCAUUGGCGAGCCAAGGUUUUCGAGGGGACCGAGUUCCCCAUCGAUCAGAUUCCAGGUUUGAAAGUGAGCGUCUGCUCGAUGCCCGUGACCCUUGGCGAUGACGGUGUGCCUGUCUUCUCGGGAGAGUACACCGUCCACCCGGAGGCAACAGCAGGCAAGGCCGGUGGCCUUGAAGGGGCCGACGAGUGGUAA